AUGGUGUCUUACUUAUUCUAUUUAAUGGGUCUUAUUGAUGGCUAUUUUGUAGCAUUUCAUGCAUAUCAUCCAACACCAACAACAGAAGAAUUGUGUACAUCAAAUGUGAAACUAGCCUUUGAACUUAUUCAAGCAGCUGGUAUGGUUGAACCUCCAGCAAAACUUGAAGAAAUUGUUGCAGGCGAUAGCAGUGCUGUAUUACGCGUGUUGUAUGGCAUCUACUCAUAUUGUGCACAUAUGGAGGAUGAACAACGUCGGUAUGAAAUAGAUAAUAUUCGAGAACAAG